AUGCCAGGGGUCAUAAAUUUAGAAAGUGAUUUCUUUGGAUCACACGGGAAAUUAAAGAAACAAUCCUUAUGUCCUAGUUGGAGUAUUACGAUUGAAGGUCAAAAAUAUAUAGCUAAACUUCAAAAGAUGGGUGAUCACUGUAGGCAGUUACAUGGACUUAUUCAAACCGAUAUUUACGAAUUUAAUAAGACGUGCAAGUGGAACAAUUUGUUUGAAUAUCGUGUUGUACAAGAACUGUUGUCACAGACAUUGCAACUGUUCAUAUCGGGAAAAAAAAGGAUGGUGUGUACGCUGCUUAAAUGA